UUCCUCGAAACCUUCACCAUGUCCUCCACCAUCCGCGACAGACUACUCAGUUCGCAGUCUCAAUUCUUCGAAGCUAUCUCAGCGGAUGACUCCAAUGCUCUUGCGUCGUUUCACACGACAUGGGAAAGCAUAUUCGUGGAUUUUGAAGCGGCACUUGCAGAAGGCACCAUAGAUGCGGAUACUAUGACGCUGGCCGCAACGCUGGCAGAACGUAUCACCACUCUUUCCAGCCACCUCAUAGAAUCCGCUUCUGCAGAGCAGGACGCUGUUGAGGAGCUGGGAAAUUUGAUUCAAAAUCUCGACCUCAACCCCGAACCCACACCCUCGACUUCAUCCUCCACCUCUCCCACAUCCCCCUCACCGCCCCCAAUACUCCCCACCCCCAAACCCCGACGCGGCCGCGCCUCCGUCCCCCGCCCCUCCGCGCCAUCACUGCCCCCACACAUCGAGCCCGCCUACAAAUGGCUGCUCCAACACCUCUACAAGCCCUACCCGUCCUCUGCGACCAUCACGAAAAUCCACGCUGCCGCCUGCGCUGCCUCGCCCAACCCACUCCACCAGCCCACUGAGGCCGCCAUCCGGUCGUGGUUCGGCUCAGCCAGACGGAAGAUGCGGUGGAACCACCAUCUGCGGAGCCAUUUGUUCCGAGGGGACAAGCGCGCGAUGCUCAAAGCUGCGCGGGCCUACUUUGGCGUGGUGCAAGGGACCCCACACAUCAUCAAGAAGGAAGAGGACACGGACGACGACAACGACGGUCUGGCACUCAAACCGAACGUCAAGGGCGCAUUCGUCGAAAUCGAAGCAUUGGCAAAAGAGAUGUACGCUGCCCAGCUGAAACCGAGCGACCUCGUUGGACGGCUCGGCAGCGCGGUCAAGGGCUGGUCCCCUGACCUCGACGCUCAGGCCAGACGGGACAAGCUCGCGGGAAAGCGCCGCUCCACCUCUCCCGACUACGACGACGAUUUGGCCCGCAAACGCCCCAGAAAUGAUGAUGAUGAGCUGACGCCGGCCGGUUCACCGAACUCCCGGAAACGGCGGCUGUCCGAGUCGGACGCGAGUGGCGGCAUAUCGAAACGGCCGUGUGUGCGGAGCGCGUCGAUGCCGGUCGUCGACGUGCCCGCUUUCGACGCGCUGGCCGACUGGUUCGCUGUGCCCCCGCCGGAUUUGGACCUGGAUUCGGUGGCGGUGAUACCGUGGGACGCGGCGGCGUUCAGCCUGUUCACCGAGGACGACUCGAGUGCGAGCGAGGCGAGCUCUGCGCUGCCGUCGCCGUCGGGGCUUGGCCUUGGUUUAUCGCUGCCGCAAUUCGACGUGUCGCCGGAGCAGUUUGACUUCACGAACGACACCAUUGAGACGCUGCUGCAGCAGUACUCCAUGGACACGAUGCCGUUCUUGACGAAUCCGCAGGGGAUGUACACCGCGCCGGGGCUGCACGACGCGCUCGUGUUUGGCGAGCAGCCGUUCCUGAGCCCCGGCCCGGGCCCGGAGAUGCUGUUUGGCAAGUCGCCGGUGCCCCCGCUCGCGUUUGACUUUGAGAUUGCGGCGUUCCAGUGA